AUGGAAAGGUAUGAAAUUUUAAAUAAAAUAGGUUCUGGUAAUUUUGGUGUGGCCAAGCUUGUCCGAGAUAUAUCCACCGGUGACCUAUACGCAGUCAAGUAUAUCGAGAGGGGCAAAAAGAUUGAUGGACUUGUUCAAAGGGAAAUCAUGAACCACAGAUCCUUAAACCAUCCGAAUAUCAUAAGAUUUAAGGAGGUGUUGCUCACCCCAACUCACCUAGCCAUUGUGAUGGAAUAUGCUGCAGGAGGAGAGCUUUUCGGACAAAUUUGUAAUGCCGGGAGAUUCAGCGAAGACGAGGCAAGGUUUUUCUUUCAACAGCUGAUAUCUGGAGUGAGUUACUGCCAUUCCAUGCAAAUUUGCCACCGUGAUUUAAAGCUCGAAAACACGUUGUUGGACGGAAGUCAACCGCCUCGUCUCAAAAUAUGCGACUUCGGAUAUUCUAAGUCGUCGUUAUUCCACUCUCAACCUAAAUCGACCGUUGGAACUCCCGGAUAUAUUGCACCGGAGGUUUUUUCGAGAAAAGAAUACGAUGGCAAGAUUGCAGAUGUUUGGUCAUCUGGGGUUACAUUAUAUGUAAUGUUAGUUGGUGCUUAUCCAUUUGAAGAUCCUGAUGAUCCACAUAAUUUCAAGAAAACAAUUAAUAGAGUACUCACUGUUCAAUACUCAAUCCCAGACUAUGUUAGAGUAUCAAAGGAAUGCAUAAAUUUAAUGUCUCGAAUAUUCGUUGCUGAUCCCGAAAAGAGAAUAACCGUUGCGGAAAUUAAAAACCACCCUUGGUUUCUAAAGUCUGCAGAAUUAAUCGAAGGAGAAGAAUUAGCUAGUUCGAAAUUCGAGAUAAAUACGCUUCUCAAAGUACUGGAGGAAGCAUUGGCUGUAAUAGAAGAGGCUAAAAAAACGGGAGACGGCUCGAAAACGAGCCGUCUUUUUGUCGGAGGGAGUAUGGAUUUUGAUGAACUUGAUAGUGAUGAAGAAGAUGUAGAUGAUAUUGAUACAAGUGAAGAUUUUGUUUGUGCAUUAUAAGGUUCGAUUUUGUUAUCAUAAUUAAAUCCAUCAUUGUAAGAAAUAACUUGUUUUUAUUUGUAAAUAUCCAAGUAUUAUCAUUUAUU